ACAGCGUCGUCGUCGCUUCCUGUGCGAACCGCUCGUCCUUAUUUCGUCUUCCGUCUCGCAUCCGUCGCGCGUAAAAUCUUCAUCUGUCCACCCUCAGGAAUUCAGCAGUUAUUUCGUGCAUUUACGAAUAAAAUCGGCUACGCGUUCUCUCGAUAGAAAUUAUUUUCAAUUUCUCGAGAUACGACAUUGAGCACAAGACCGUUGCGCGCCGCGCGCGUAAUCGAACGUGCGCAUGCGUGGUCGACUCGUGGCGCCAAAUUAUGAUUCGGUUUUUGGACGAGAAGAGAAACGUCUGAAAUAUAUACACAUUGUUCGAUUUUGGAAAUUUUUCAGUCAAAUAUAUGAUCGAGAUCAAUUCGCAUCAUCUCUCUCAUAAAUAUUAAGGCCUACAAAUAAAUAGGCCUAGAAAUAAACUAUGGAAGAAUUCGAGUACGUAAUACGGAAACCGGAGCAGCAAAGAAUAUGUUUCGGUUCCGGACAACCACGCGAUACCUCCAACAAGGGAGCGAGCCCCUUUAUGAAAUAUUACAUCUUAGAAGACAAUCCCAAUGUAGGACCUAGCUCCUACAAUGUCUUGAAAUCGUUUAACGCCAUGAAAACUAGGCCAUGUUCUCAUAGUAUCAGCAAAAAGGGUUAUAGUGGCCUUGCUCGAUUUGGCAAAUCUAUUGCUUAUAUGGAAGAUUAUCCAUCACCAUCUGAUUACAAUGUUCCUUCCUUUCCUAAACAUAUCAAAUCACAAAAAUAUCCAUUUGGGUCUACUAGUGAAAGAAAAUUGUUCCAUGUCAAUAAAAAUCCAGGGCCUGGUAUGUACGUCAGCAAAGAGAUAAAAGGCAUUACAUUUCAACAUAGUUUUGGUGGCAGAGUUAAAAUGCUACUCGGUGUCGACCUUAAGUGUUGUAGUCGCAACACAGACACUUGCAAGAUUUGUGGCAAAAAGCCAACAGGAGAUUAUUGGCACUUGAAUAACAAGAUCUUCUUGUGCAGGAUUUGUAUGACACAAGAAUUUCAAGAACAAGUAAAAUUUAAGAAGAGGGAACUUAAAUUAUUCCGAAAAGUAAGAGAUUGUUCAGAUAUCCACAUUCAUGAAGGCACUGAUGCAAAGAUAUGGCUGACACAUCCUGCUGUAGUUAAAAAAUGGACUAGAAGAGAAGCAUAUCUCUCGGCUUAUUUAAAAGAUUAAAAAAAUGGUGUUAUAACAGAUAUUAAAUUUCGAAUACAAUUUUUCAACAUUUUCGUGAUUCUACCAUUAAUAUUAUAUGCACUAAAUAUAAAAAAAUUUUUUACAUAGAUUGAAUUUAUUUAAUUAUUAAUCAAUAUUUAUACAUUUUCAUAAACUUAUAUAUGUCUAAUUUUAGGCGCUAUAUACACACAAAGAUUAUAUAAAAAUAUGCGCAUAUAUAUGUAUAGUAAAUACUUCAAAUAAUAGUUUAAAUAUUCUAAGUAAAGUAGUCCAAUGUCAAUAUUUACUUGAUAUUAUCAUUACGUAUACAUAGUCCUCAGUCAAUAGGAUAAAUUAUGAAUUAGGUUGGAUGAUACCUUCUUCAAGAAAAAGAAAAUAUAUAAUAAUAAGUCUAUAAUAAGUUAAUUCAAGCACCAGUACCAUAAUUAAUUAUCAACUAAUUUAAAGCCCCUGUUUCCUCAUUGCAAUCUUGCAUAUAUUAAAUUAUGUCAGAAGUGAGAAAUAUAAAAUUCUUGCAAAAUAUAAUAAUUUUUUUCAUAUACCACCAUUCACAUUUAAUAAUUGGUAAAGUAUAUUAAAAAUUCCUUUUUUUAUUAAUAAAUGUAUAUGUAACCGGCAUGUAUCUUAAAUUCCGGCAAAAAUAGAAUUUAUGACAAAUAAUCAACAUCUAGAAUUAUUUAUUAAUCCAGAAACCGAAAGGGAAAAAUCUUGAAUAUAUUUUAAAAAUCUAUUAUUAAAUGCAAUUGUGGUAUCAUACAAAAAAAGAUUGCAAGAAUAUUCAUACAAUUGCUUUCUUCUAACAUCACAAUUCAAUUUAAUAAUGUCGGUGAAGGAUCAGAAAUCUUAAGCAUACUUUAAUUAGCAUGUCCACAUUAAACAUUAGGUUUUCAAGCAGAAAAAUUCUAUCUAAUAUAGAUGAAUAUUAAUGGAAAUUCGAUAAGUACUCCAUGUUAUCACUAAUAUUAAUAUUCAUUCAUCUGGAAAUUUACAAGACAUAAUUAUGAAUAAUGUGUGCAAUUAUGUUAUAUCAUAAAAUAUACAUGUAUAUGUAUAUAUAUAUAUAUAUGUAUAUAUAUAUAUAUAUAUAUAAUUUAUAA